AUUCCCUUGACCUCUGGCUAUUUCUCCUUCCUUCUCUCUGCUCCUUCUUUAGUGAUUUGGCAGUGAGGGGCUGCAAUAUGCCACCAGCCUUCCCAUUCCUCCACUUGGUCAAGCUCAAGGCUAGAAGGAUGGGGUCUGAGUGGCCAAGGCCAUGUGUUUGUUCACAUGUGUGCAUGUGUGUACGUGUCACAUGUAGGUGGGGAGCAGGGAUAAGAACAGGUGAGUGCUUGCCAUGUGGGUCAGGCCUCUGGGAUGUGUGGGCGUCUGUGGGGUGUGUGUGUGGCUGUAAGUGGUGUGGUGUGACUCUGGGCUGUAUGUGUGUCUAUGUCUCCAUAUGGGCCAAGUGCUUGAAUCACUCAAGUGUGACUCGGAGCUUGUGUGUGUGUGUGUGUGUGUGUGUACACGAGCGUGUGUGCCACCAGAGGAAGCAGCAGCAAGAGGCAGGAGCAUCGAUCCGAAGGAGACAGCGCGGGGAGGGGGACGCUAGGGGCAGACACCCUCCCUCCUGCGCGCACACACUCGCGCGCACACACACCCCACACACACGGUCACACACACAAGCCAUACAUAGGGCCUCACGGGCAGGGAGACGGCUGGCUCCGGGACCGGGACCCGGACCGGGACGAAGAGAGGCAGGGCCGCUGAGAGCGGCCGUGAGAAGGGGGCGAGCCAGUGGGGGAGCCCUCGGUCCCGCUCCCCGGUCCGGGGGCCCCGCGCGCACACCCGCCCAGAGACACCCUCGCAGACACUCGUAGGCGCGCACGCGCACCCUCUCCCCUCCCCCUCCUCCUCCCCUCCCGCCGCCUCCCGGCCGGACGAUGGAUCCCUGCAGAUCCCGGGGCUGAGAGCACCGCGCACCGCGCCGAGGCCGGGCGGACCGAGCCGAGGCGGGCAGGCGAGCGAGCGAGCUAGCGCGCGCGGGCGGGCGAGCAGAUCCAAGCCGAGCCGGCCGGGCGGGCCGCUCCCUGCAGGGCUCUGCGCGGCGUGCCGCGGCUGCAGCCGGCUCCGGCUUCGGGCCAUGAGCCCCUCCGCGGCUCGGCGCUGAAGCCGCCACCGGUCCCGCGCCCCAGGACCCGCCGCUGGCUGCCGGCUUUCCGAAGCCCCCUCAGGAUUCCCUUGACAAGGAUGGAACUGAAGGCCGAGGAGGAGGAGGUGGGUGGCGUCCAGCCGGUGAGCAUCCAGGCCUUCGCCAGCAGCUCCACGCUGCACGGCCUGGCCCACAUCUUCUCCUACGAGCGGCUGUCUCUAAAGCGGGCACUGUGGGCCCUGUGCUUCCUGGGCUCGCUGGCUGUGCUGCUGUGCGUGUGCACGGAGCGUGUGCAGUACUACUUCCGCUACCACCACGUCACCAAGCUCGACGAGGUGGCUGCCUCCCAGCUCACCUUCCCUGCCGUCACGCUGUGCAACCUCAACGAGUUCCGCUUUAGCCAAGUCUCCAAAAAUGACCUGUAUCAUGCAGGGGAACUGCUGGCCCUGCUCAACAACAGGUAUGAGAUACCAGACACACAGAUGGCAGACGAAAAACAGCUGGAGAUAUUGCAGGACAAGGCCAACUUCCGCAGCUUCAAGCCCAAACCCUUCAACAUGCGAGAGUUCUACGACAGAGCGGGACACGACAUUCGAGACAUGCUGCUUUCCUGCCACUUUCGGGGGGAGGUCUGCAGCGCAGAAGACUUCAAGGUGGUCUUCACACGGUAUGGAAAGUGCUACACGUUCAACUCUGGCCGAGAUGGGCGGCCGAGGCUGAAGACCAUGAAGGGUGGGACAGGCAAUGGGCUGGAAAUCAUGUUGGACAUCCAGCAGGACGAGUACCUGCCAGUGUGGGGGGAGACUGACGAGACCUCCUUCGAAGCAGGCAUCAAAGUGCAGAUCCAUAGUCAGGAUGAGCCUCCUUUCAUCGACCAGCUGGGCUUUGGCGUGGCCCCAGGCUUCCAGACCUUUGUGGCCUGCCAGGAGCAGCGGCUCAUCUACCUGCCCCCGCCCUGGGGCACCUGCAAAACUGUUACCACGGACUCGGAUUUGGAUUUCUUCGACUCCUACAGCAUCACCGCCUGCCGCAUUGACUGUGAGACGCGCUACCUGGUGGAGAACUGCAACUGCCGCAUGGUACACAUGCCAGGGGAUGCCCCAUACUGCACUCCAGAGCAGUACAAGGAGUGCGCAGAUCCUGCUCUGGACUUCUUGGUGGAGAAGGACCAGGAGUACUGCGUGUGCGAAAUGCCCUGCAACCUGACCCGCUAUGCCAAGGAGCUGUCCAUGGUCAAGAUCCCCAGCAAAGCCUCAGCCAAGUACCUGGCCAAGAAGUUCAACAAGUCUGAGCAGUACAUAGGGGAGAACAUCCUGGUGCUGGACAUUUUCUUUGAAGUCCUCAACUAUGAGACCAUUGAACAGAAGAAGGCUUACGAGAUUGCAGGGCUCCUGGGUGACAUUGGGGGCCAGAUGGGGCUGUUCAUCGGGGCCAGCAUCCUCACGGUGCUGGAGCUCUUCGACUACGCCUACGAGGUCCUCAAGCACAAGCUGUGCCGACGGGGGAAGUGCCAGAAGGAGGCCAAAAGGAGCAGCGCGGACAAGGGCGUGGCCCUCAGCCUGGACGACGUCAAAAGACACAACCCGUGCGAGAGCCUCCGGGGCCAUCCUGCCGGGAUGACGUACGCUGCCAACAUCCUACCUCACCAUCCAGCCCGAGGCACGUUUGAGGACUUUACCUGCUGAGCCCUGCAGGCCACUAAACCAAAGGCCUAGAUGGGGAGGGCUAGGAGAACGAGGGGGUCCCCAGCUGCCCCCCCCACCUGCCCUGGGGACUCGCCCACUCCUCCCGGGCGAUUCUUUCCUCUUGUCUGUGGUGAGGAAGGAGUCUUGAAUCAUGGAGUCCUCUGCCUGCCUCGAUCCCAUUCUUUUUAUGUUUAACAAAACUAAACUAAUCUAAAUCUAAAAAAGAAACUAAAAAGGGAGAAUGGGGCAAGGGACCUCAAGCUGCCCCUCUCUCCUCCAUGCUGCCUCCCCUAGCUCUCAGCCUGAAUUCUGUCUGUCUGGCUGUAUGUCAUCUGAGUGUCCACCUACAUUCUGCUGCCACCAGUCACCAAAGCCCCCUCCCAGUGAGGGGUGGAAGGGAUCCCUGGGGUCUGGAAUUUGGCCCAAAACCAGAGAAUGUACCUUAAGGGGGAGGGCUAGUGGGGGGGCUUCCCCAGCCUUAAGAGACCCUCUCAGCCCCAAUGACUGCCCCCAAACUCAAGUUGCCAGGCAGGAAUAAAAUCCCAGUCCCACUCCCUUACACCAUGUGGAAUCUCUAGGGAGUGGGAGUGGGGGAUUCACUGAAGAAGUGGAGAUGGGGACGAGAUGUGGCCCUGGUGCUGUAGGUCAUGUCCUGAUAUCACAAGUUCACCCCCCCCCAAAGAUGCUGGAGAGAAAUCCCAAGAGGCAGCCCUCCUCUACCAUCCCAUAAAAGACCUGGCUGGUUAGCUUCCAGCUCAGGGAGAGGGGCACUGGUGCCUGACCUCACUGGUCUCUCUCCCAGAGGCCCUUGCAGAGGCCACAUCCAUAAAUUUUCUUAUGGAACUCUCCCAAGUCCUUUUCCCCAACUUCAUUUGCUUCUCUCAACAACCUCAUCUGCAUUUUCUAUUUCUAUAUGAUACAGACUCUAUAUUGCUAUAUCUCUGUAUAUACUUUCCCCUAACCCUGUCUGUCUCUACCCCAUCCCCUCUUGUCUCUGAGAACCAUCCUCCCACCCUAAGUUUCCCCUUCUAUGUUUCUGCCCCCUUCCUGGUCUCUGAAUGCCUUCGCCUGUAUAAAGAGUUGGACUUUCUCCCCUGGUGUCUGUACUGUGUACACACAUCCCUCUGAGAAGCACAAGGAGACGACACGCGCAUUGUAACCUUCGCACUGUCUCGGUGGCGACAAAGGAAGCUGUGAAUCACAAGCUCUGCCUCUUUCUGGCCUUGUCCUCUCCCCACAACCUGGGCACCCUCUGCGCUCCCUGCAGCCUUAACAUUCCCUUCCCCUGCUCCACCCAUCCCAAUGCCCUUUGCCCAGCUGACUGUGGCCUCCCCAGGGAAGGGGUUGUUACAUAGAUAGCCCCUACCUAGGGGAUGGAGAUCUGUUCUGGACAAUAAGCCAAGAGUGUCAGAAACAGAAGGGAGCUGGAGAUUGGUGACUCCUGAAGCCAGGGCAGCAGGUUGCUGGCAGGCAGAAGCUGAGGUCCUCAGUCAGUGGCCUUUCCUUCCUUUUGGGUGCCCAGCCCCCCUUCCUCACGGGAUAUCCAAGCCCACCACUUAUAUUUUCUGGUGAGGUAGGGUUUGGUGGGAGGAAAGAUACAGGCCUAUAGGAGGAGUUGGAAAGCUCUACUAUUCUGUCCCUCCCUACCUUUAUGAGAGACUAGUGAAGUGGAGGGACUGCCCUACCCCCUCCACCAGGCACUCACUCCUCCCAGGCCAGAGCCCCAACCCCUUCCCAGGCCUUCUCUGCCCAGAUGUCUUUUGGUCUCCAAUCCCAGAACAGGACCUGUGGGCAGGUCACCUGUGCAUUUGUCUGGAGCUGGAGAGUAAGGCUAUAGGAUCUUUGGAAACUCUUGGUUUCUAGGAGUUCCUUAGAGGUCAUACCUCCCCAGAAGGAAGCAGGAACAAGGCCAAGAAGCGUGCACUGGAUAGGGGAACAGCAGGCAGGGCUCUGGGUGACGCAUGCCUCUGGUCUAAUAAACUGGGUUUCAACCAUCUCCUCUUCA